CAUUGACUUGACUUGGCUUCCGAAGGUUAGGAGGAAGUGCGUCCUCUGCCUUGGCAAUAUCAGGUACUUUUGGUGGAAAGUCUUGAGGUGAACGGUGGAAAGCCGACUCAGCAAAGCAAAAGGUGGUCGCCAAGGAUAAUCAAAUAUCCCAAGAUUAUCAACCGAUCUGUUGCGACGUGCUCCUCCCAGUCUCCCCAUAUGCAAGAUUCUAAGUACUAACUAGCGGCCAUGGGAAUACCUUCCUUCUUCAGUUGGCUCGUGGGUAAGUAUCCAAACAUCCUCAGUCCCGUCAUCGACGCCUUUCCCCCCUCGUUGUCGGAGGAGAAUGAUGAAGAAGAAGAAGAAGAAGCAGAAGGAGAAGAGGAGGAGGAGGAGGAAGAAGAAGACAUCAUCUACGACAACCUCUACCUUGACAUGAAUGAAAUCAUCCAUAAAUGCUUCGGCCGGAAGAACGGGCAGGUGUACCUGCGGUUUUUCGAUCACAUGGACCGCUUGUUUCGCCUCGUCAAGCCGAGGAGGCUCCUUUACUUGGCAGUAGAUGGCGUUGCCCCUAUGGCCAAGACCAACAAGCUGAGACAGGGGUACUUCAAAUCUACCAAGCAAGGCACAGAUGCAGAGGCUGAAGCGGUCCUCUUGACGGAGAUAUUCAGAGUUCAAGGGAAGGAGGUGCUGCCGCGAGAUACGUACGAGUUCGAGGACCGUACUGUCAAGAUGCCAGGGACGGAAUUCAUGGAGACGAUAUCAAUGGUUCUGGAGUGGUUCAUCCGUGAACGGUUGAAUACUGAUCCGGAGUGGAAAGACAUCAAGGUAAUACUCUCUGAUGCAAACGUUCCUGGAGAAGGGGAACACAAGAUCAUGUCCUUCAUCCGUGCGCAACGGAGCAGAGAAAACUAUGAUCCGAACACUCGUCAUUGUCUGUAUGGGCAUGAUGCGGAUCUGAUAAUGCUCGCUUUAGCGUCUCACGAAGUCCAUAUUUCAAUUUUGCGAGAGGUCAAUCCAAAUGGGAGGAUACCCGCAAGACUGUAUCAGUUUGUGAACAUAUGGGUUCUGAGAGAGUACUUAGAGCUCGAAAUGAAGACACCGGGUUGCAAGCAAGAUACUGAGAGACUAAUAGAUGACUUCAUCUGUAUUUGUUGUUUGAUGGGAAAUGAUUUCAUUCCGCGGAUUCCAUCACUGGAGAUACAUGAAUUUGCAGUUGAUCUUCUCAUUGAAACGUACAAAACAGCCUUCAACAGAAUGGGGGGCUAUAUUGUCAAUACAAACAAAAUCAAAGAUAAACAUGGUGUGUAUCUGGAAGUCUCGAGGUUGGAAAAGUUCUUUCAUGAACUGUCCUUGUGCGAAGAGAAAAUUUUACUCAAAAGAUAUGAACUGCAAGAGAAGUUACUGUGCAAGAUACAGCGUGAAGCUGCAGGAAAUGAAGAAAGUUCCGACGGCUCAGACUUGAUAUCCAAGUCGUUUGUGACACAACGCAGUACUUCUACUUGCAGCUCUAACGAGUAUAAUGUAAGAAAGAAUACCAGGGAGUUGUGGAGAGCAGUGAAUGAUAUUUGUUGCAGUAAGGACGACCUUUUUAAAAACAGAGCCUGCAAACAAGACCAUAUAGGGCCAGGAUGGAAAUUCCGCUUCUACAGAGAGAAGCUUGGUGCCCAAACUUCUAAUGAAGUUGGAAGGCUGCAGACUGAAAUGGUUCAGAAGUAUCUAGAAGGAUUAUGUUGGAUGCUUCAAUGCUAUUUUUCCGAAGUUCCUUCAUGGACUUGGUGCUACCCAUUCUAUUAUGCACCUUUCGCAUCUGAUUUCAAUUGUCUGCCUCAGUUCAACAUAUCUUUCACCAUGGACAAACCACUACGACCAUUUGACCAGCUCAUGGCAGUUUUGCCACCAGAAAUGCAUGUUUUGUCAAGCGCCCUUCCAAAAUGUUACAGCACAUUAAUAGGCUGUGAAGAAUCUACAAUACAAAUGUUCUAUCCAUCAGUAGAGUUCGAGAUUGAUACAUAUGGGAAGCGUUUCUUAUCACAAGGUGUUGCAAAGUUGCCAUUCAUAGAUAAUAAAUUGCUACUCUCAGCCACCAAAAUGGUGGAGAAAGACCUCACGUAUGAUGAGAUGAGACGGAAUAAUGUUCGGCAAGAGAGGAUCUUCCUGAGGAACUCACACAGUCUGACAAACAAUGAAGCAUUUGUGGCAUUGUUCAACGGCUAUCCACAGAAAAAGCUUCUGAUAGACACCAGUGAAAUCGGAGGAUGGUUCUCACCAGAUGAGGAGUGUGAAAGCUUGGCCUCAAGAAUAGAUAAGGAGCAGUGCUUUUACAUGCUGAUAAGCGAACCAGACAUGACGGUAUCAGCAACGUUCUUCAACCCUGAGGCAGUGAAGCUGAUCUCAAGACUACUUGACAAUGUCAUGGUACCCGAUAAGACUGUAACUGAAGCCGACAUCCGGAAGAGGCCGAUGUGGCACACGUACCCGGGGGGUCCAAGGCCAAGAACGCCGCCUGUCCUCACCCACAAAACAAAACCAGAGACUCUGUGGAGGGCGAGCUCGCCUGCGACACCGAGAGAAGAGCACAAGCUCGCCGGGGAGGGGUGGCUAGGACGGGGGAGAGGAAGCGGCCCCGCAGCCGCAGCCACAGCCGAGACACGGCAGAUCGGGCCGGCCGCAGCCACAGCCGAGACACGGCAGAUCGGGCCGAGCGGCUACGGGAGAGGUUUUCAUUGUGUGGACAUGGCGCAGAGCCGAGGCAGCCGGUUCGACGGCAGUGAUGAGUGGGCAGGAGGAGGAGGAGGAGGCGGCGCGGUGCAGAGGCAGGAGACGGCGGCGCGGCCCGUUGGGUUAUGGGCGAGGGGAGGCGGCCGUUGCGGCAGCGGGUCACCCCGCGCGCGUAGCACUAGCACGUAGGGAGUAGAUUAUUUCAGCCCAGUGCUAAAAAAAUAGAGAGUCAAUCAAUGGUACUAUGCAAACGGGAUGCUCCAAGUUACUAUAUAUACAUCAUAUUUAAAAAAUUAGCUAUAUGUACUAAAAUGAUGUAAAAACUUGGUUUUGACAUGUACUUUCUUCACUCCUAAAUAUAAGUCUUUUUAAAGAUUUUACUAUGAA